AUGGACGACGACCCGGCCGACACCGGUCAACAGCCGCAAGGAAGAGAAAGCGUAAUGAUGGAUGAAGCUAUGCAUUCCACCCCAGAUAUCCAGACCAAAGACGAUGCUACGAAUUCCUCUUCUGGGGAUCAGAAUGCAACUACAACUCCUCUAUCAUAUAAAGAAAGGCUUACCGGACUCAAAAAAAAACGAGCAGCCCCGCCAAUCCAACGGGUUCCAGGAGAUGUCAUCAAAACCAAGAAAAUGUGGCAACCUACAGAGGAAUUUGAUAUAAUUGAUUUAAAGAAUGAUUUCUGGAGAAUUUUGCUGUCAAAUCGGGAAGAUGAGGAGAGAGCCGUCCGAGGGGGACCUUGGUAUCUCUCUGAAAAGUGUCUCUCAGUUCAGAAGUGGACUCCGGAAUUCAGAGCCUCUACGACAAAGGUCACGAAAUUAGCAACAUGGAUUCGCCUCCCAGGCCUCCCGAUGCAAUACUACCAUGAAAUUGCACUUUGGGAGAUUGGGGAUUUUUUGGGUAGAACAAUCAAGAUCGACGAGAACACGUCGAAUGCAGGAAGGGGUAAAUUUGCUAAAAUAGCGGUGGAAUUGGACUUGACGCAACCCCUUACUCCAAGCUUCCAGAUCAAAGAUAAAUGGCAAGCGGUUGAAUAUGAAGGACUACCAAGCAUCUGUUACAAUUGUGGAUACUUCGGCCAUGGCAGCCCCAAUUGCCCUGAGGAACCGAGGCAGAAAAGUUCGGUUCCACCAUCGCAGGAAGGGGUAGAAGUACAAGGUAAUAAGAACUUGCAUGAUAACGAAGGAAUGGAAGGUAAGGUGGGAUUAGGUCCAUGGAUGGUGGCUCAGAGGAGAACCAGAAGAUACUUCCGAUAG